CUCUCUCUCUCUGUAACCCACUCCACUACUCGGCGACAAGGCCCACACGAGUUGAGGAUGAAACAAGGCGGCCGCCGCCCAUGGCUCCGCCGGUGACCAGUCGCCGCCGACGGCAGCUACGGCCUCCGCCUCCGACCCCUAAUUCGACGCCACUCGUUUGCUGGACUUGCUGAGGUGGAAGUUAAGCAUAUUUACAGGUUCAACCAAGUUCUGGAAAUAGCAAGGUUGUUUGCUCACCUUUCGGAAGGUGAUGGCAUAAUCGUUAUGUUAUCCACUCUUGCUCUGGUUUGAAAGCAUUCGGAGAGCUUCUCGGGGCCAGAUCAUGCCCAGGAGGUUGUGACAUUUUAUUUUUCUCCCAAAUUUAGUCAAUUACUUUCCGGUAUUUUCAUGAAGUUCCGAAACACGUUAGUUGAAGGCCUGCUUACCGCAAGGAUGACAGAACCAGCAUAACAACUGGUAACUGGUCAGAAUUUGCCCGGACAGCUGAAAUGGGAGAAGGCCAAGUCUAUGCCUUUCUUUGAUGUUCAGAGAAUAGGCCAGUAAUCUCUCACCGCCCAUCACCUCUGAACACUAUGUAGUGUCGCUGGGAUUACCAGAGUCUGGAACCAGCUUCUGGAACAUGUGGUUGCCGUGCCUCCUAUCUAGUAUUUGUGAUAUGGAUGAAUGAAAUAAGUGGAGCAGGCUGAUUUGGUUGAGCUAUGGUGUGUUUAUUACCAUGGUGCCCACCACACCAUCCACUGAAAGCAACCACUCCUUUGAUCAGGUACUAUGCGGUUGGGACUCUGGACAACUAGAAUUGAAGAGGUGCGCUGGCUGCACACAGCAUCUCAUCAUACUGCACGGGCAAAGCAAUGAUGAUGCUUCAACUCUUAGCGCCCCCUUAGGCAUCAUCUCAGUACUAUUUUCAUUGGAUGCUUGUGACGGAUUUUGCAUUGCAUUGCUUGGAGAUGGAAUUUCAGGAUUCAUAUUUUAAUUCUCGGCAAGAUUUCCAUCAGGAAGGAGGAACACUGAAGGGAUUGUACGAUUUCCAUAUUAUAGGACUUUUGGUACUUCAUCAUCUGCCUAUCAAGCUUUGCAUGUGGAUGCGCUAAAAGUCAAGUCUGCCUAAUCAGAGCCGAGGACGACAGAACCACCAGAAAUAAGUGAAAUGGGAAAAGGCCAAGUCUAUGCCUUUGCCUUUGAUGCCCUGAGAAGAGGCCAGUUAUCUCUUGCCGUCCAUCGCCUCUGAACACUUUCUAGUGUCGCUGGGAUUACCAGAGGCUGGACAGGUGGUUGCCGCGCUUUCUAUCUGGUAGUUGCGGUAUAAUUGAAAAAUAAGUGGAGCAGGCUGAUUUGGUUGAGGUGUGUUUAUUGCCGCACCAUCCACUGAAAGCAACCACUCUGUUGAUCAGGUACAAUGCGGUUGGGAUACAGGACAACUAGAAUUGAAGAGGUGCACUGACUGCACACUCAACAGUUGUUGCAUCUCAUUAUACCGUGCGGGCACAAACAAUGAUGAUGAUUUAGCUGCUAGCACCCCCUUCGGCGUCAUGUCAGUGCCGUUUUCGUUGGAUGCUUGUGACUGAUUGUCCGGAGAAACAGCAAGGUGGGUAGGAAGUCUACGUCAGGAUGAAAGCAGAGAGACAUGCCAUGUGGUGCUAAUUAAGGUCAGAGCACAGCUGGCCUUGUGAAGCUGUGAUGCCUUUAAAUUUCCAUCCCCUUUGUUCACAGAAGGGCAUUACUAAGACUACGAGAGGCUUUGCUUCAGCUCAGGAAAAAGAGAAGGCGUGUGCAAACACGGAUUUUGUUCAUCCCAAGGCACAGCCAGGGAGACUGGUAUUGACCGAUGGAGGUGGCCGUAGGCGCCGCACGGUGGGUGGUGGGCAAGGCGCUGGGCCCCCUCGCCGACGGCUUGCUGGAGGCGUGGGCGGCCAGCAAGGAGCUCGGCCCCAACAUCGACGCGCUUAAGAUGGAGCUGCUCUACGUGCAGGGGAUGCUCAACAACACCCGCCGCCGGGAAAUCGACAACCCUGCACUCAACGUGUUGCUGCAGAAGCUGCGGGACCUCGCGUACAACGCCGAGGACGUACUGGACGAGCUCGACUACUUCCGCAUCCAGGACCAGCUCGAGGGCACCUGCGAGGCCGCUGACGAGCAUUCCAGGGGCUGUGUGUGCAACCUCUUCUUCAACGCUCAUCAUACCGCUAGAGCUGUCAGCAAGCAGCUCUGCUCAGGACGUGAUCCAAGCGAGCCAACAGAAGAAGACGCAACACAACGAGUAUUCUGCUGCGCUUGGCCAUGCGCCAAGCGGCGGAGUGCACUUGAAAACACCUCGUCAGCAUCACACAACCACCAGGCCGGUGACGAGGUUAGCGGAUGCAUGCGUAAGCUUGCUUCUGGUGCUUGCAACACCAUCCGUCAUGUUGGUAAAUUCCUCAAUUGCUCAUCCCUCCCAACUCACGAUGAUAAUAAUUCUGUCAUGCCAGUCACGUGCUGUGUAUGCAAACCCAAGGUAUCCCAGAAAAAGCAUGUGAAAGAAACCCCAAAACUGGAGUUUGAUAGGGUGGAUCUAUCUAAAAGAAUGAAACAUAUUGUUGAGCAACUGCAGCCCGUGUGUGCAAAGGUCACAACCAUUCUUAAUCUAGAGUUGUUGGGUUCUACUGGCCCAAGCAUUCCCAAGAGCCCUCCCACCACCACCUCGGACAUUAUAGAGCCAAAAUUGUACGGAAGGGACCCUGUAAAAAAGACAAUCAUAGAUAGUAUCACUGAUGAUAACCAUAGUCGCAAGGACAUAACUAUACUGCCAAUUAUUGGUCCGGGUGGCAUAGGGAAGACAACUCUCGUGCAACACAUAUAUGAAGAAGUGCAAAAACAUUUUCAGGUCAAGAUCUGGAUAUGUGUAUCCCAAAAUUUCAUCGUUAAUAAGCUGGUUAAAGAGAUUGAAGAAGCUAUACCCAGUGUGGAAGGUGAAAAAAAUGGUAGAGCGGAAGAGUUGAUUGAACAAAGAUUAAAUUCUAAAAGGUUUUUGCUUAUAUUAGAUGAUAUUUGGAAGUGUGAAUCUGAGGAUUGGAAAAGGCUUUUAGUACCACUCAUGAAAGGACAAGCAAAGGGUAAUGUAAUUCUAGUUACAACUCGGUUUCCAGCUGUAGCACAAAUUGUUAAAACAACUGAUAAUUCAAUAGAUCUGGAGGGUUUAGAACACGUUGAGUUUAGGAAAUUUUUCCGAGCAUGCAUAUUUGGCGAUGAGCAAUCACAAAAAGAUCAUGAUGGCUUGCUUAAUAUUGGAGAUAAGAUAGCAGAAAAGCUAAAGGGAUCCCCUCUUGCAGCAAAAACUGUAGGUAGGUUAUUGAGGAACCACCUCGAUGUAUAUCAUUGGACAAGAGUCCUAGAAAGUAGAGAAUGGGAAAUGCAGACAGGUGAGCGUGACAUUAUGCCUGCACUGAAACUUAGCUAUGAUUAUCUGCCUUAUCAUCUGCAACAAUGUUUUUCUUGUUGUGGUUUAUUCCCUGAGGAUUACAAGUUUAACAGUGAAGAACUCAUUCAUUUCUGGAUAGGACUAGAUAUUUUACAUCCUGGCGGUCGAAAUAAAACAGUUGAAGAUGUAGGUCUUGACAGUUUAAAUGAUUUGGUGAAUAGUGGGUUUUUCAAAAAGGAUGAAACUAACGGGCAUUCAUUUUAUAUCAUCCAUGACUUGUUGCAUGAUUUAGCUUUAAAGGUUGCAUCUCAUGAAUGUCUUUGUUUGCAUCACUCUAAUGUGAGAUCAGUAGAAAUUUGGCCAUCUAUCCGUCACUUGUCGAUCACAAUAGAUGGUCCAGAUGAUAUUAAUGGAAUAACUGAUGAAAACUUUAAGGGUGAGUUGAGGAAACUUAAGACAAAAUUAAAGGUUGAAAACUUGCAAACAUUAAUUAUAUUUGGAAGAGUAGAUGAAAGCUUUGCCAACAUUUUGGGUGAUUUGUUCAUGGAAGCAAAUGCUCUUCGUGUUCUUUGUUUGCGCACAUUAUUAUAUCCUCUGGAAUCCAUGUUGCGUAACUUCUCAUCAUUUCUCCACCUACGAUACCUAAAGCUGGGGACUUCUAUAAGCGAGAUGGAUUUACCAACAACCUUAUCUAGAUUUUAUCAUUUGAAGAUUUUGGAUCUACAAAAAUGGGGUGGUUCAUUUCUUUUACCUAGAGACAUUAUUAACCUUGCAAAACUGUGCCAUUUUCUUGCCCAACGUAAUGAGCUUCAUUCUGGUAUUAAUAACGUGGGGAAACUGAAACUCUUACAAGAGUUAAAAGCUUUUUCAGUCAAAAAAGAAAGUACAGGGUUUGAACUAAAUCAGCUAGAGAAUUUGACCGAACUAAGGGAGGUUGGCAUUUGUAACCUUGAGAAAAUACACACAAAAGAAGAAGCACUUGAAGCAAAACUAAUACACAAAGAGUACUUGCAAAAGUUAUCUUUACAUUGGGACUCUGCCCGAUCUAAUACUGACCCUGACCCCAGCGUGGAAAAAGUGGUUCUUGAGAGCCUUCAACCACCUAAAAAUCUUCGAAAGCUGAGAAUUAAUGGACACCGGGGCUCUUCUUGUCCAACAUGGCUGGGUGAUAAACUUGCUGUUCAGGCUCUACAAUCUCUCUAUCUGUUUUCUGUUUCUUGGGAUAUUUUCCCUUCAUUUGGGAAGAUGUGGAAUCUUCGUGAACUACGAUUAUCGAAUAUUUCCACAAUAGAGGAGUUUGGUCAAGAUCAAAGCUUUUGCAAGCUAGUAAAGAUAACAUUUGUUGGCUUAGAAAAUUUUGAAAAAUGGACACCACAGGCCAGUCGUUUGUUCCCUUGUUUGCAAGUACUGAUUAUUAAGGAUUGCCCUAAACUCUCGGAGUUUCCAUGUUCAAGCCACAUUGUUUGCCCACUGAAACAAGACUGCAACGUAGAUUGGUUUCCCAAACUACAAGAGCUUAAGAUAGAAAAUUGCCCUGAAAUCUUGCUACUGCCUCGUAUCCCUUGGACCAAAUCUUUGUGCUCUGUCAAGAUAAGUGGUGUGGGAUCAAAACUACUGGACAAGUUGGUCUACUCAAAAUCAUUUUCUGGAGUAGCAUUGGAAGUUAAUGCAAAGGACGGUCUGGAUAACUUAGAUCAGGUGUUACUAUUCAGUCAACUAACAGAACUUCAGGAGUUGAAGAUAAAAAAUUGCCCACCUUUGGAGCUGAAGUAUUUUCUAAUGCUAACCUCAUUGAAGAAAUUGUGGGCAUGGUCUUCAAAUCUUGGGGUGGUGGCAUCAGAAGUUCAGAGAGGCGGCGAAUGGCAGCAUCCUGUUGAGUACAUUAGUAUUGGAUGGUCUGGUUCUAGUGGAAAGGAAUUGACACAGUUUCUGUCUCACCUCCCAAAGCUGUCCAAACUGCACUUAUAUAGUAGUGAAAACAUAACACAGUUUGCUGUGGGGGUGGAUUUGCAGCAAACAAGAGCACCAGUAUCAUCGUCAACCUCUUCAGAUGUUACAAUGGAUGAUACACAAGCGAAUGAUGAACAGCAAGAAAUAGCAGAGGUGGAGAAGGAGGAGGCAAACACGGUGGAUGAUGAUGGGCUGUUGGUCCUCCCUGCACAUCUCUCCAACUCUCUGCAGGCGUUGGGCAUCGUCUAUAGUGGUCCGGUAGUAGUUCAUUCCCUCGAAGCCCUCCAAGCCCUAACUACCCUUUGGUUAGAAGAUUGCUCUUUUCGCCACCCUUUCCCGUCCUCCCUACUUGACCUGCAACUUACGUCCGUAAAGGGCGUGCUGACCCUUUCAAACCUCACCUCUCUCUCCCGAUUGCACAUAUCUGGUUGCGAAGAGGAUUUAAAAUGCGAGGGCCUGUUGCCUCUCCUUACUCGGGGCCACCUCAGCCAAUUAGAGGUCCGAGGAACCUCCAAUUUCUUUGGUGGGUGGGAUCCCAAUCCCAUGCGGGGGGUGCAGGACGAGCAAGACAAGAUUCUUCUUUCCGGGCCCGCCGAACUGCAGAAUCUCGAGACAGAUGACAUGGAGGGCUUCCUCGGUGCGCCCGCCCUCUGUAGCAUCCUCUCUUCCUCCCUCACCAACUUGUUCUUUAAUGAGAACGAUGAGAUGACACGCUUCACAAAGGAGCAGGAGGAGGCCUUUCACCUCCUGACCUCGCUCCAGGAACUCGCGUUUUCGGAUUACCGCAAGCUGGAGCACCUCCCUGCAGGGCUAAACAAGCUGACCAACCUCAAGAGUUUAAGUAUACGUCAAUGUCCAGCCCUCCUCUCGCUACCUAAGGAAGGCCUCCCGAGUUCACUGCGAGAGUUGAUGGUCAUCCAGUGCGAAGUGCUGCAGCACCUCCCUGCAGGGCUAAACAAGCUGACCAACCUCAAGAGAUUAGGGAUCUGGGAGUGUCCAGCCCUCCGGUCGCUUCCCAAGGGAGGCCUCCCGAGCUCAUUGCAAAUAUUAGAUGUCAGAAAUUGUGGCAACAAGGGGCUAACAGAACACUGCAGGCGGUUAAUUGGAACCAUCCCAGAAAUCACACUAUAGACUAAUCCAAGGUAACUGAUACUUCCUUGCUCAUACCAAUUGAGAAAAGGGUUUCCCCCCGCUUUGUAUUACAAAGCAACCAUCCGAAACAACCAAUGAUAGGUACUGGGGCGGAAGCAGCACAAGCACGCCCAAAAGAAAAGAAAAAGAAACAAAUGCCGACAACGGCAGGUCGACGAAACAAAGAUGACCAGUGACCGCUGCACCCACCGGAGAAGUACCACCGCACUUCUAGCACUCCAAUGCGUCGCGUACCAAGCAGCACCUUCAAGAAGGAAUGCGGCGACGACGCCGCCGCUGCCCGGACGAGUCCAAGGGUUUUCCCCGGUACUCAGAGGGCAGUGGGGAAGGGGCAGAUCUGACGCCCUUCAGGAAGGUCCGGCGGCGCCCGCAGGCGUCAUCGCGUCGGUGAUGGACGAGCCACCAGGGAUUUCUCCCAACCCAAACAACCACCACCACCCCGGACGAUCGGAAGUGCUCCACCAGAACUGCCGCCCACCAACAUGUGCCACCACAGUCACUGAACCAUCAUCGCCGUCUCGCUGAGCCACCGACACGAGACCUAGAGGAGGGACGAGGGGCCAACGGGCUCGGGGGCAGCCGCAACUCAGCCGAUGGGAGGGGACUACCACCACCGCCGACGCGGAGCCGACCGGACAUGACGACAGGAGCUUACCAGGCCCGCACAGGCCCGGCCGGACCCCAAAGGAUCCGGACAACCCCUGCCGCCACGCUGCAGCACAUCGGCCGACGAAGCCGCCACCACCCGCAUCCCUCGACGCCGCGCCACACCCCAGGGAGCCACGCCGCCGCACGCCGGAGCGCCGGCCCGCCCCAACCCAGCUGAGGCCCAGAAGAUCCCAGAUCUGGGCGGAGCGGAGGCUGGCGGCUAGCCGCACCACCGCGCGCCCCGCGGCCAACGGCCGCGCCGCCGCAUCAGAAUCGCCCGCGCCCCGCGGACCCCGCCGCCAGGACGCACCAUCGCCAGCCGAAGAACACCGCCGCCAGCCACCAUCGCCCGAGCAGAGGAGGCCGCGCGCGGGGACAGGCAGGCCCGCCGCCGCCGGCACCACGCGGGCAAGGCCCGGCGGCGCGCGCUGGCGGCGGCGUGAGGAGGGAGGAGCUUGGGGGCGCGCGGGAGGGGAGCGGUGUCGGGGGCCCCCGGUCGCCUCGCCCCAGGAGGCGACGCGGGGGGUACAGGGACGGGAGGAGGUGGAGGGAGGAGCGGGGGAGGCGAGCGGCGACCGCGGGCUCCGGCCGCGGCGGCGGCUCCGCGCGGGGGAGCCGGCGGCGGCGGCACGGAAACCCUAGGCGGAAGGGGAGCGGGGGGCGUGUGACCUCGAAGCCCUUGCUCAUACCAAUUACGGAUUCCCACCAUACCCAAGAUGCCAAAUCAUCUUUAUUUUGGUUUGGUUUACCUUGCUUGACAUUGUUUGUUUCCAUUAACCGUGCAGCUGGUGUAUCUUUUGUCGUGGAGUUGUACAUUCUUCUAGCCUUGUGGAAUUCUCUCCAUCUUUGUGGACAGUUGAUGCAUGACUAUCCAGUGUGGUAUUUUCUUCCUGUACAUAAAUCAAUCUGGUUUCUUGUGUUAGCGAAAGAAACAAGAGAAGGGAGAAGAGAAAGUCCCAUUUCUUCAUCAAGUCGACGGACAGAGUCAUAUAAGGUUGCGCAUGAAAAUUGUAGUCUCUUCAGUAUUAGUUCAGAGGAGCAGUGACUCUGCAAGGAUUUUAAAGAGAGUGCAGUUCCAGAACAGUGCAGUUUCGACAAAGUGCCAUUUGAGUGGUGACAACAGUGUUAGGAUGGAACACUGAUAGGUUGCACAACAGCGAUGCUCUCAGUGCUUGUUUUGGCAUUGAUUUGUGAGAACAGCAGUUAAUCAGGAACCAUCCUGAAAAUCAUACUAGAGUACCAAGGUUCUCUGCGUUGGCAGCUGUACAUGUUUUAGCCUCCUUGAAUCCUCCUCAUCCAUGCAAAUUCUGCACAUGAGUUUCUUCUUACUAUACAUAGUACACAAAUCUGGCAUUCUUAUGCUUGUUCUGGUUGGUUUCAAGAUACUUUGCAGUUACAUUUUGGUCAUCAUUCACCAAAGCUUGCUGGUGUACUUGUUCAGCUGUCAGGAUCGUAAUGGGGGAAUAACUGAUAUUUUGAUGAUUUUCUAUUGAAAUUAAGGAACUUUUUGCAAGAAUACCUUUCUUACCAUCUCAGUGCUUGCGUGGAGCAAAUUGAGAUCUCGGGCUUUCACUAAUUGACGUGGCCUGUGGACAACUUUGGAAUUCAACAAUGCAGUGGUAGUAGGUUUGUGGAAAGGUCAGUAAACCCCUGCUGAAAUUCAUGCUGGGUUUAGCUAUGUUAGAUUGUAUUCAGUGUGCGAUUGUCGAACUCUUAUUGCCUCAUGAGACCUUGGUUAGAGAACUUCCUGCUUUCUUGAUAAGCUGGCAGUCUAGCUUUUGAGCAUUCCCAUAAUCUCUAAAUGAUUGUCAUUCUGAAUUAAAUAACACAAGAGAGUUUUCAGCUGAUACAUAUAGUCGUAAAGGUAGAGAACACUUGUUACUAGGUGAUUGAUGAACAUUGAUUGAGCAAAAAGACUCGAGCUUGCUAAUUUUUAUUCCUAGAACCUCUUGGGGUUAAUAUGGUGAAGGUGAUUUUAUUCUCUUCUUGAUCCAGAGUAUUUUUUUCUAUCCCACCAAUGCCAAAAACAACAUAUUUCAUUAGCCUUUGAUUAUUGCAAUCUGAAUUUUUAGUGCGUAUUGUUAAGUUUGAUGUUCCUCUAGUCUGAAGUAUUUGAAAUCCAGUCAUUCUUUUUGCGUAACUUAUGUUUGCUAGCCUCUUCAACACUCGGCAUUGCAUUCUUUCAUCAGGAUAUCACAAACUCCGCCAGUGUACAUAUACGAAUCCCAGAAAAUAAACCAUUUCUUCCUUGUGUUCACACCAUACCUACCUACCUAUGUCCUAUAUAGCACAUGUCUCGCCAUCCCACAGUAGUUGAUUAUUUCAUAAGCACACUCAUCAAGUUAAAGAAGACUCAAAAGCGCUUUGUUGUCAUUGACCCUGCAAAUUUCAUCAUUAUGAAGAGCCAUAUUCGUCAAUAUUGAUGCCUCUCUCACAAAAAUCAAAAAAGAAAUAAAGAAGAAGAGUGAGGGUCGCCAUUCAAAAGAUCAAGGGUUCAUCCUCAAGCAGGAAGGAAUAGUCAGCAGUAUUGCUUCCAUAUUCAUGUGCAAAAUUCAGAAUGGCUAAUCAAACUACUGCCUAUGCAAUAUUAAUAGCUUGAGCUUCAGUCGCAUCCUGGGAUCAGCUUGCAUUGCACAGGCAUCUCAAUCAUGUCUUUGGCGUGAGUCCAUUCCCUCCCACAUCCCCUGGGCACUACCUUUCUCCAAUGACUGGAAUAUGAAGACUUCUUUGUACUAGAGUUGAACUCUUAUUUAGCUUUACAAACUUGAUUUCAGAUUUGCUCAUUCUUUGAAUUACCCAACCAAGCUCCAGAUAAGCUUUCCACAAAUAUAAAGUAGAUAGAAAAACUUCGGCCACUGGCCAGUGAGGACUAUAAUGAGUGAUGAGAGUAAUUCUGGGUCAUGACAAGGUAAUUUCGCUAGAUACCUACUCUCGUAAGUUUAACAAGGAACAAAAUUGUUGGUUACUCCCGUUUCCUUUUGUUCUUGACAUUGAAGUCAAACAACCAAGUGACAGGUGCUCGAAAACUUCUAUAGCUAUAUUGUUGAUGCUGUUCACUCUCAAAAAAAAAAGAAAUCUAUUCCCUAUUGGCAAUGAAUAAGAGUAAUUAUUUAAGUGUGUGCUCAAUCGCUAGCUUGCUACUUUGUUAAGUUUGUGGGAAGUGUCUCUGCCCGAAGUUCAUGAGGAUUUUAAUAAUUGUUUGCGCAUGAACACUUGUUUGCAAUCUAGCUAUACUAAGCUUUCAGGUAUUUCACAAGCACGUGGGCAAGUUGAAUCAGGAGCCUAAAUCAUCUGACCUGCCACUGACCGCAAUCUGAGACUCAUUUUCCCGAGGGAAGAACCGGGAAGGGAGAAGCCUGAGAUGAAUCAUACCUUUUCUUUCUCUUUGUAGCCACUUGCUUCCUAACAAUGUUAUAAGGAAGAGAGGAUGGGGUUUCCCCACUUAUUAUGUCUCUUGUAGCUUCAAUCUGCUGUAGUAGUCUGUCGAUGAAUCAUCAUUGUACGAAAACAGGCCAAUUUUAUCAUUUGUUCUUGUCAAUGUGGACAUCAACAUUCAGUGUAAUGUGCAAUGUCUUCAUAUCUGAAA